UUAUCAGUCUUUGAGUUAUUUCCAUGGUAAUGAAGACUGUUCUUCGAUGCAACUCGCUUCCUUUCGGCAUCAUCUGUGCAAGGCGCCUACCUCAGACGCCAUUGCCAUUGCAUUCGAGAACCUCGAUUCUCCCUUUGUUCUGCACCAAUUCUUCAACCAUAGCUGUAACCCUAGACAGGGACCUCGCUUACGGACCUUCUCUUCUUAAGGGCAAAAGACCAUAUCUACAAGAACAAGGACGACAACAACACCAGCUCCCUCACUUUCCCGUAAGAAUCCCUAAUGAGGAGGAAAAGGAGGAAGAAGAAGAAGGGAGUCUAAUCGAUAAGGAGAGCUUCUCUCGUGUCUUCGACGUAGCUGCUAUUAGGGUCCCUUCAGAGGAUUGUUUUGCCCUUGAAAACCGUUUAAGAGGCCAUCUCUUGAACUGGCCUCGAGUUCGGAACAUCGCUAGGGUUCCUGGGGAUGAAAUGGACGAUGAAUUUAGGAAGAUUUUGGGAGAGCAGUGCUGCAAUGGAGACGGUGACGACGAAGAAGUAAGGUUAGUUGAUUUGGACCGGCGUAUAUAUGGGAAAGCUGAUGGUGAUGGCGAGAGUCUGAGCCCAAUUUUGUAUAGGGACAUGCUGGCAAAGACGUUCAAUUCCCGUGGUUUUGUGAAAUUCCGGAACCUUGCUAAGAUUUCGAGACCGAAAAGGAAGAACAGGAGAAAGGAGGGUGAGGGAAUUCAAGGGAAGAAGAGAAUUGGGAAGAAUGAUUUUGUCGUGGUCGAGGUUAUUGAAGACAAUGACGAAGAAGACGAUAUGAGCGGCCUUCUAGGCGAUGACUUUAAAAGGGGAAGAUGGAGAGGUUCCACGAGGUUGCUGCUUCUGGACGAGCAAUAUGCUAACAAAGGAGUCGAAGACCUCCCCGAGGCUGUCAAGGCUGUGUUAAAAGUAGAUGCCACGCAAACUUCAUCAAAAUGUGAACUCGUUCGAUGUGGGCUGACCUUGUUUUACGAUUAUUGGCAAAUGCAUGAGAUCUUAGAAUCCCUGCUACCAAAGGGUUUGAUUGUUCCUGCGGCUUUUGAAACGGUUGGGCACAUAGCACACCUGAACCUUAGAGAUGAACAUUUACCGUACAAGAAACUCAUUGCUCAGGUGGUCUUGGAUAAAAAUAAACACAAGAUACAAACAGUUGUCAAUAAGGUUGAUGCCAUUCAGAACGAAUACAGAACAAUGCAGCUUGAAGUUCUUUCUGGCAAUCAUUCGCUUGUAACUACUGUUGUUGAGAAUGGGAUUCGGUUCAAUGUUGAUUUAGCCACAGUAUAUUGGAAUUCAAGAUUGGCAACUGAAAGACAAAGACUUGUCAACUUCUUCACAAGCAAAGAUGUUGUUUGUGAUGUUUUCUCUGGGGUUGGUCCAAUAGCAAUAUCUGCAGCGAAGAAAGUAAAGCGUGUAUAUGCCAAUGAUUUAAACCCUUCAGCGGUUGAAUAUCUGGAAAGGAAUUGUGUCCUCAACAAACUUGAGAGAAAAAUUGAGGUAUUUAACAUGGAUGGUAGGAGGUUCAUAAAUGCUAUGUUUGCAAGUGAAAAGGCAGAGUCCAUCACUCAAGUGGUUAUGAAUUUGCCAAAUGAUGCAACAGAGUAUCUAGAUGCAUUCACUGGCAUAUUUAGAGGAAGACCCAAGGAGAAAGAAACAACCUUGCCAAUUAUUCAUGUUUAUGGAUUCUCCAAAGCUCAAGAUCCUGAGUUCGACUUCCAUGAGCGGAUAAGCACUGCACUUUCAGAGGUAGCAGUUAUGGCAGAAAUGCAUAGGGUUCGCCUUGUUGCACCUGGAAAAUGGAUGCUGUGUGCGUCAUUUUCUCUCCCACAUAAUGUUGCAUAUGCAAAACAAUGUUGAAUUGUUCAAUAGAACUGAGAUUGAUACCAAGGGUGGUUGUGGAGUUACCUGCACCUGCAGUGUGUGGUGGAGACAACAAACAAGCAUUUUCUUGUCCUGCUGUAGUUGUUUUACAGAAAUAGAAUUUGUUUCUCCCUUCCCUCUUCCAAAAUCCUUCUUUGGUUAUUCCUUGUCACUGGUUUUUCAUUAUACAAGAUCUCUUUGUCCUGGGCAUUGAAAGGAUUAGUGAUGUGAUGACUGCAAAUAUGCAGGGGACAAAACAAUGUUGAAUUGUUCAAUAGAACUGAGAUUGAUAUUAAGGUUUGUCGACUCUAAAUAUUGGUGUCAUUAGAGUCAAAAGCAUCCUAUACAAAUGUUUGUGUUAGUCACAGUUCUUCGGAAA